CGAGCCCGGGCCCGCGCUCCGCGCAGGCGCAGUGGGCCGGACUCGCCAUGCCGACUGUCAGCGUGAAGCGAGACCUGCUCUUCCGAGCCCUGGGCCGGACCUACACUGAUGAAGAAUUUGAUGAACUGUGUUUUGAAUUUGGACUGGAACUUGAUGAAAUUACAUCUGAAAAGGAAAUUAUAAGUAAGGAACAAGGUAAUGAAAAGGCCCAUGGGGCCUCUGAUGUUGUUCUCUACAAAAUCGACGUCCCUGCCAAUAGAUAUGACCUGCUGUGUCUGGAAGGAUUGGUUCGAGGACUUCAAGUCUUCAAAGAAAGGAUAAAGACUCCAAUGUAUAAACGGGUAAUGCCUAAAGGAGAAAUCCAGAAGUUGAUCAUCACAGAAGAGACAGCUAAAAUACGCCCGUACGCUGUUGCAGCGGUUCUCCGAAACAUAAAGUUUACAAAAGAUAGAUAUGACAGCUUCAUUGAACUUCAGGAGAAAUUACAUCAGAACAUUUGCAGGAAAAGAGCCUUGGUUGCUAUUGGUACCCAUGAUUUGGACACUUUGUCAGGUCCAUUUACUUACACUGCAAAGAAACCUUCUGAUAUCAAAUUCAAGCCUCUAAAUAAGAGCAAAGAGUAUACAGCCUGUGAACUGAUGAACAUAUACAAGACUGACAACCAACUUAAACAUUAUUUACAUAUAAUUGAAAAUAAGCCUCUGUACCCAGUUAUCUAUGAUAGCAAUGGUGUCGUCCUUUCCAUGCCUCCAAUCAUCAAUGGAAACCAUUCCAAAAUAACAGUAAAUACGAAAAAUGUAUUUAUUGAGUGCACAGGAACUGACUUUACUAAGGCAAAAAUAGUUCUUGAUGUCAUUGUUACCACGUUCAGUGAAUAUUGUGAGAAUCAGUUUACGGUUGAAGCAGCUGAGGUAGUUUUUCCUAAUGGAAAAUUACAUACCUUUCCAGAACUGGCUUAUCGAAAGGAGAUGGUGAGAGCUGACCUAAUUAACAGAAAAGUUGGGAUCAGAGAAACUCCAGAAAAUCUUGCCAAGCUUCUGACCAGGAUGUGUUUAAAGUCAGAAGUCAUAGGCGAUGGGAAUCAGAUCGAGGUUGAAAUCCCUCCGACCAGAGCUGACAUUAUCCACGCCUGUGAUAUCAUAGAAGACGCAGCUAUUGCUUACGGAUAUAACAACAUUCAGAUGACUCUCCCGAAAACGUACACCAUAGCUAAUCAAUUUCCCCUAAAUAAACUCACAGAACUCCUGAGACAGGACAUGGCAGCUGCCGGAUUCACUGAAGCACUUACCUUUGCUCUGUGCUCCCAAGAAGAUAUUGCUGACAAACUGGGUAUGGAUAUCUCUGCAACCAAGGCCAUCCACAUAAGUAAUCCUAAAACAGCCGAAUUCCAGGUGGCACGCACGACCCUUCUUCCUGGCCUCCUCAAGACCAUAGCUGCCAAUCGGAAGAUGCCACUUCCUCUGAAGCUGUUUGAAAUCUCUGACAUUGUAAUAAAAGAUUCUAGCAGAGAUGUGGGUGCAAGAAACUACAGGCAUCUCUGUGCUGUUUAUUACAACAAGAAUCCUGGGUUUGAGAUAAUCCAUGGGCUUCUGGAUAGAGUCAUGCAGCUGCUUGACGUGCCUCCUGGUGAAAAGAAGGGAGGAUAUGCAAUCAAAGCAUCAGAAGGCUCUGCGUUCUUCCCCGGCCGAUGUGCGGAGAUCUUUGCCCGGGGUCAGAGCAUCGGGAAGCUGGGGGUCCUUCAUCCCGACGUUAUUACCAAGUUUGAGCUGACCAUGCCCUGCUCCUGUGUGGAAAUCAACAUUGAGCCAUUUUUGUGAAGCUGAGUCUGUGCUGUGGGGUUGUCUACCCGAGGGUCUUUCUCUUCUCCUGGAUGCCCUUUAGUCGUCCCCACAGGAAGUCCACUUGUGCAUUGAUGUUGAAUAAAGUAGAAAGCAGUGUCUGGCUCCGUGGGUGAUACUACCACCCCCACGUUCAGCCAGCUUGUACCACACA